GUCAUCAUCCACAUACUGCUCAUAUAAAAUUCAUACAAUAAACCACUGAGAGACAUGCCGUCAGCUGAAGAAACUGGGUAUGGGUCUAUCCUCACCAUUGCUAAUCUUCAAGUGAUCAAUGACCCUUCAAUCCAAGAGUAUGACUCCCUACAAGUGUCUAUGGAGCUCUUUCUCAAGCUAUUUCCUAGCGCAAAUACUAGUGAUAAAGUUGAGGAUAGAUUCGUAUUGAUCAAGUUCUUAGGAUCUCCAGACCACUUCCAUCUGUUCAAGUUGUUCAAGAUAAGCAAAAUCAGCGAUUAUUUAUCUGGGAGUAUGGUGGUAUUCAUCAAUGAUACCUAUUUAUCGCAGUUCUCCAGCAGGUUCACAUUGACAACUGCUUUAAUCCAGUCAGUUGGUCAUGAAGAAAUCCCCAAUCUCGAUGAUGUGUUUGUCGCUGUUCCUGGUGAAAUCUACCUGAUUUUAAAGAACAAAACUAGUGAUUCUGUUAAAAAUUGUUUCAUGAAGAAGUACUUGCAUGGCUCUAUUGCGUGUCAGGACGACUUGGUGAGAGAAAUCAAUGGAGAGAUCAUUUUGUGUGAGCCUGUACGCCAAGGCCGUGUGACUCGGGACACAAACAUCUACUUUGUCAAGAAGGAGCAAAAACAGCUGUCCGAAGUAGACGAAAAUAUCGACCAAACCGAUGACAUUAACUUGUCUAACUACCUUUCUUCGUCCCUUAAUAUUGACCUUCAGCUGUCUGUGUUUUGUGACUUCAAAAUCGCUCCUUUGAUAAAUCAAUUACUCAUCAACAAUUUACCCGACAUCUGGGCCAAAGAAGAUAGCGAAUUGUUUGUAUUUAUCAGGACUAAAGAAUUGGCCAGACUUGGAUUUCCUGUAUUCAAUGGUGAUAGUGUCUACUUGAACACUGGAUCCAAUAAGCUCGUGGUAAAGAUCUUCACCAUUAUUGAACCUAGUGAUACUUUUAGUUUUGGAACCAUUUACAUUCUGCCUAUUCUUUUGAUAAACUUGGAUUUACAAACGGGCGAUUUGGUUCAUAUGGAGCCAUUGAAUCCUAUAAAGGAUAAAGAUCUUCAGAUCUCAGCUAUAGUGCCGUUGGCUAAGACUGUUACUAUUUCAAGAAUUGCAUCGCCUAUUACUUUGGACAAAACUUAUCAACAGCAUUUCUUCUCGGCAUUGAAGACCUCCUUCAAUUCAAGCUUCAAAGUGGUUCAAGCUGGCGAUUUUAUCCAUGUUACUAUUGACUCAAUUUUGUCUAAAACGAUGUUUGACUUGGGACAAGAUGAUGAUGCUGUUCGUGUCAUUCCCACUGGGGACCCCGAUUCAGUAGCCUGGUUCAAGAUUGUUGAGGUGUUGGGUGAUGAAGAAGCUCCACAAAGUGCUCAAUUCAGAAUCGAUCCUCUUAAAACACGGAUGAUUUUAUCAGGGGUGGAGUUCACCAAGAUUCCGAAAAAUGAGCUGAACAAUUGGUAUGAAUACUCGCUGCUUCCUCCAGUAUUCAAUUACAAUAGAUUCACUUCCCAAGGGGGUUCGGUGUUUCAAUAUGCAAAGACUUUAAAGAAAAUCAUUCUGACUAACAAGAAUUCAAAAAUUAACCUCAAGACAUUUGUGAUGUUAAGUUCGAUGUCUCGAGGUUUGGGUAAGACUACCUUGGUAAGAAACUUGAGUAUUGAGCUUGGUUUGAACCUCAUUGAGUUGGACUGUGUUGAUUUCAUAAAUCCAGGGAGUGAACUCAAAACUAUUGGUUUGAUAAGUGGAUCCAUUGAAAAGUUAUUGAGUCAAGACCAUGAAAAGGAUUCAUCUUUCAAUAUCAUCUACUUGAAACAUAUUGAAAGUCUAUGUCCCGAAAUCAACGAAAAUGAGCAAGGUGCUGGUGUGUCUACGUCUUUGGCAUUGAAGCUAAUUCAAUUGUUUGAAGGCUAUUUCGACUCUAGAGACAAUAUUAUCUUUGUUUUCAGUACCAAUGACGUGGAUAAAGUUAACAAUAACUUGAAACUGAUUGUGAAAUUCCAAAUUGAUUUCGGAGUUCCCAAUGAGGAUGAAAGAUUGGAGAUUUUCAAGUUUUUGAUCAAAAAUGAAACAAAACCUCUGGUUGAUGAAUUCAUUCCUGAGGUUUAUGACUAUGUUGAUGGCUUUACCGGAAAUAAUACCCUAAAUUUUGGGUUUCAAAUUAGAAAAGAUGUAAAGCUCCAAAAUUUAGCCUUACAAUCUGCCGGUUUAACCCCUAGAGAUUUGAUUUCGAUCUUCAAAAAAUCUAAGAACCUUGCAAUUAAAAGAUUGCGGAAGCUUUCCAAGGACUUGGAGAAGCUAGUUAAGGUUGGUAAUGGUGGAACGAUCGAGUUGGUGCCUCUGGAUUUCAACAGUGCCAUCAACGAGGCAAGAAACGAAUUUAGUGACUCUAUUGGUGCACCUCGUAUUCCAAAUGUCAAAUGGGAAGAUAUCGGUGGUCUAGAUGUUGUGAAAGACGAAAUUUUGGACACUAUCGAUAUGCCUUUAAAGCACCCUGAGUUGUUUAACAAUGGUCUCAAGAAGCGUUCUGGUAUUUUGUUCUAUGGUCCUCCCGGUACCGGUAAGACUUUAUUAGCAAAAGCCAUUGCAACCAACUUUUCUUUGAAUUUCUUCAGUGUUAAAGGGCCAGAGUUGUUAAACAUGUACAUUGGUGAAAGUGAAGCCAAUGUUCGUAGAGUAUUUCAGAAAGCUAGAGAUGCAAAACCCUGUGUUAUCUUUUUCGAUGAGUUGGACUCGGUCGCUCCGAAGAGAGGUAACCAAGGAGACUCUGGAGGAGUUAUGGAUAGAAUUGUUUCUCAAUUAUUGGCUGAAUUGGACGGAAUGAGUGGAGGAAAUGGAAAUGGGGAUGGUGUUUUUGUGGUGGGAGCCACUAAUAGACCCGAUUUGUUGGAUGAAGCUUUAUUGAGACCAGGAAGAUACGACAAAAUGUUGUAUUUGGGGAUCAGUGACACCAAUGACAAACAAGUGAAGAUCUUGGAGGCUUUAACAAGGAAGUUUAAACUCGAUGACGAUGUCAAUUUGGACCAAAUUGCUGAAAAUUGUACCUUCAAUUUCACAGGUGCCGAUUUUUAUGCAUUGUGUUCUGACUCUAUGUUGAAUGCCAUGACUAGACUUGCCAAUGAAGUUGAUAUAAAGAUUACCCAAUACAACGAGAAAUUGAUUGCCGAAGGUAAAGAUGCGAUGUCCACCAGAUGGUGGUUCGAUAACAUUGCAACUGAAGAUGACACAGAAGUGGUAGUGAAGAUGGUAGAUUUUUUGAAGGCUCAAAGAGAGUUAGUUCCCUCAGUCAGUUCUGAAGAAUUGGCACAUUACUUGAAGAUCAGACAAAACUUUGAAGGAUCAAAGCAGAAAAAAGAAGUCAACGGCUCUAUCAAUAAUGAACCGACAGAUGCCAAUGGAGAGCUGAAUGGUAUCCAUGAAGUGUCAUUUGCAGCUGAUAUUUCUCAACAAUCUCCACCAAAUGGGACAACUGUCACUGAACUUGAUGGCGUUUCUAUCCAAAACGACUGAUACAAUUCAGAUCCCCUAGAGUAGAAUGUUCGUCAUCUACUGUGGCUACUGGUAGCUCUUCAAUCCUAUGUUUCAUUCCAUAGACAUAAAUAAUAUUUACAAGACUGUCUUUGUACAAGCGGUUGGAGUCAUUUUCUUGACAAUGGGCUUUCAUCCAAGAUGGCCUUGGCUUCAUUGAUCUUUUGACUCAAAUACACACUGCCAUUUCUAUCUGGAUGAUUGGCAAUCAUCAACUUUCUAUAUCGGUCUUUGAUGAUCUGCUUAUUUAGAUGAAUUAUCUCAUCUCCUUCUAUGCCUAGGACCAUAAGAGCCUCAUUUUCGGUCAUCUUGGCUCCAAAUCCUUCGUUGAUAAACCUUCGUCGUAUAUAGUCAUGCUGGGAUGCAUGUGGAUGGGAAACAUCGAAUGUCGUUGGUCUUUGCACCUUUAUGUUGUUGAGCAAACCUAUCAUUUCUGGGGUUAAGAGAUUGAACUUUCGGUAUGCAGAAGCUGUGGUUUUCACAGCAAAUGCAACGAUGGUGGCUCCUACCCCCACUAUUAUUGGAAGAACCAUGUUUAGCAGAACACAAAAAUGCGAAUGCGAGUAGAAUAGUAGAUACUACUACUAUACUUUUGGGAGUAAGCAUCUUUGGGAGCUUUUGGCAUUUCAUGGGUGUGCUUGUUCUUUGGUGAAACUAGCUGUCAUUUUUCAGAAGUCCAGAGGAUGACCAUUUGUCUGGUGAAAUUUUGUCCACUUUCACUUUUUCACUUUUUUACUCUUCCACAUCAGAAUAUAAAACAUGGAAGAUUUGUGAAUUCCACAUUUUCUGCAUGAUAAGUGAAAUACAUUUUAAGUAUAGAAAUUUCUCCAAAGACACCAACAAGAAUCAAACAGCUAGUAUAUUGUUCAGCCAGUAAUCACUUCACUCGAAUAUAUCUCUUUUGCA